AUGCCCACAAGAUCCAAAACACAACAGAUCCCUCGGCUCAGCCCGAUCGACCCCCAGACAGAACGGUGGCAAGCCAUCACAACCCGCGACACUACAGUCAACCAUUUCGUCUACGCCGUUCUCACUACUAAAAUCUAUUGUCGCCCAUCCUGCGCAGCACGCUUAGCCCGCCGUGCAAACGUCCAAUUUUACGACACCCCAUCCCAGGCCGAGCAAGCUGGGUUCCGGGCCUGCAAGCGCUGUCGGCCGCAUUCGGGUACGGCGGCUCAAAGUAACCCCCAAACCGCGGUGGUCGAGAAAGCGUGUGAAUCCAUCCGAAACAGUUUGGCAGCAGGGCUGAAACCAAAGUUGGGUGAACUGGCAGCGCAAGCGGACCUGACGUCCAGUCAUUUUUUGCGCGUCUUCAAGAAACAUGUUGGCGUUACGCCGGGCCAGUAUAUUACCAGUUUGGCGCAGAGCAAUCUGCGCUCACCGGGUUCGUCCAUGUCUAUAUCAGAUAUUGACGUAUCACCUGGCUUUGGGCAUGAGAACGGUGGGACUCUAGAUCUUGACGGGGCUGGGGAGAAAGGGGCUGGUUUAUCUGGGGUGGAUGCCUGGAACGAGUUCGAUAGCUUGCUCGCCAUGGAGGAUCAAAUUUGGGUGCCUGAUUCAGGAUCAAUUGACCCGCGAAUAAUUCUGGGACCUGAUUGA